AAUUUUUAUAUAUUUACAUAUCAAACACCUAAUCAUUCUCAUUUACAUCUACAAGCAUAUUUGAGAUGCUUAACUUUGUUUUUUUAUCAAUGUCCUUACACAUUCCAACACAAAUUUUUCUAUAAAUAAAACUUAUGCCUUAACACUUAAUCUCAUAGUUCUAAAACAUCAAAUCAACUAACCAAACAAAAAUAAUAAUAAUAGCCUAGCCACAUGCAGAUCACCUCACAACGCUACAAAUAGCCACCGCCUCCCCUCCUCUUCUCCAUUACUCUCUGCUCCUCACCUUCAUUCUUUCCACAUGCAUUCUCUUCUCCUCUCCAUUGCUUCAGCUAACAUUCCUUCUCUCACUUAGAAGUCAUAGGCUAAAGAUGGAAAGAGAAGCGAAGGAGAUGGCAAACAGGAAGCAAGGCAGCAGUGGGGCAGCUGUGUCUCCAUGUGCGGCUUGCAAGCUUCUGAGGCGGCGAUGCGUGCAGGAUUGCAUAUUUGCACCUUACUUCCCCGCGGAUGAGCCGCAGAAGUUUGCCACGGUGCACAAGGUCUUCGGCGCCAGUAAUGUCAGCAAGCUCCUGCAGGAGCUGUCAGUGGUGCAGCGUAGCGACGCCGUGAGCAGUCUGGUUUACGAAGCGAAUGCACGUGUGAGAGAUCCCGUCUAUGGUUGUGUUGCUUCCAUCUCGUCGCUCCAGCGCCAGAUUAACCUCCUUCACGCACAACUCGCCCUCGCACAGGCUGAGAUAGUCCACCUCCACCUUCAACAUGCUGCCUUGUUCGCCUGCUCUUCCACUGUCGCCAUGACUCCGCUCUGCAAUGAUGCCACAGCCUCAACUAACACAUCACAGUCGGUAAUUGAGAACGCAAACAUUAAUGAAAAAACACUCUUCAGCAUUGAAAUGCUCCUUGAUCAUCCCAAUAUUGGUCUCCCCAUGUGGUCUUGUUAGCUAUUUUCUUCCUUUGUCUGAUAUUUCUAUGUUAGCUUCUCCAACUUAUAAAUAUGUAGUAGAAUAAGUAUGUCUUAUGUAGUCCGUGGAUUUCUCUAACCAUUUAUGGCAUGUAAAUUUCUGCUUGUUAUUCCAAUUUCAGAAGCAUUCACAUGUAAUUUUUAUCCAUGUCCG